CAGCAGCUGUGCGCCGUAAACCCGUUUGCCGCUUAAUUAUGGCAUCGUCACGAGCAGUUAUGGCACCGGUGCUGCUGGUGAUACUGAGUGUCGCGAUCGGUGGCUGCCAAGCCGGCUUCAACCUCAUCCGCCCAUUGCAAGCCAUUGCGUCGGCCACCGAGUCUACCAUCAGCUCCGCCCAGCUUGGGCUGCAGAUGAUGGAGCUGAAGUUUCAUAUCGAUCAGAGCAUCGAGUACUUGUGGACCAAAUUCCGCGGCAUGUUGGAGGAGCUGCUCGAGGAAAAACGUGUACCGUGUGGAACCGAACUUCAAAACGACAUCGAAAUGCUCAAAGAGAAGCUAGCGCUAGCCAGCACCGACCAGGAAUGUCCCAACGAAGAUAUAGACAGACUGCGGGAGGACGUGCUCGCCGAACUUAAAGCAGUCCGCGAGGGACAGCGGCAGGUUUCGGAAAGGUUGGCGAACGUUUCGGCCUCACGUGAAGUUAAAGUGGCCCGGCUAGAGCAUCAGCUGCGAGAAACCGCCCUCAGCAGCCAGGUGUACAUGCUUACCGUGGAUGAGACGGAAGCUGGUUCAUUCUUCGUGAAAUCUAGCCGUGCGGCAAAUCAUGCUUACGGUGACGAUUGGAUCAUCUUCCAGCAGCGGUACGACGGGACGGUUGACUUCUACCGCAACUGGACCGAGUAUCGGGAAGGGUUCGGAGACUUUGGUGGCGAGUUUUGGCUCGGUUUAGAAAAGCUGUACCGGCUGGUAAGCUCCGGCCCGGCCUACGAGCUGAUGAUUGAGCUGGAAGACUUUCAGGGUGUAACGGCGUUCGAGCAUUAUAGUGAUUUUCUGAUCGGCAAUGAAAGUGAGAGCUAUAUGCUGAAGAAGCUCGGAAAGGCAUCGGGGACGGCCGGUGAUUCGUUGGCGAUCCACAAGGGUAAGAACUUUAGCACGUACGACCACAGCCCGAACGAAUGUCCCACGUUUUACCGUGGCGCUUGGUGGUUUACGCAGUGUUACGAUGCCCAUCUUAAUGCAAAAUACCUGAUUGGAAAGCAAACUACGCGAGGUGGCAACAUAUGGCACACGUUCCGCGGCUCGUUCGAGUCAUUGCAGGCCACAAAGAUGAUGGUGCGACCACUGCAGACGAUUGAUCGUGAACAAACGGGGCCAAAAAUUGAGAAGCUCGUUGAAAGUGGACAGAGCUAGUUGUAGCGUUGCAGAAGAAAAAGGAAAACGCUAAGAACCAAUCCUUUUAAUUUAGAGCCAAUAAAACAUUAACGAAGGACUUA